UUAUACCAGAGAAGAAGAAGGAAACGACUGGUGUGUGGACUUCAAUACCGGACGUGUCGUAUCUUAAACAAGCGGAAGUGCCACUAGUUAACACAACCAAGCGCGAUUUUUUUUAUUAUUGUUUUUUAAAUCAGGCCCCGGGAGUUUGAUUUUUUUCCCCGUUAGCUAACGUUAGUACUGUACCAAAGAGCCUCCUGGUAACGUUAGCUAGAAGCUACCACUGAAGGAUAGCUUGGCACAGUAGUUAGCUAUACACUACCUUUUCGCGCCCGGGAUUUUUCCAAUUGUAGCGGGGAUGGCAUCAACCAGGUGUGAAGAACUACUAAGUGACAAAGAACCUUUGCAUAUAUCAGCCCCCACCUCUCCUCCCCCCAUUUCUAUCCUCACUGCUUCCCUUUCUAAACAAGCCUCCCCCUCUCUGAUCCGCUCCUGGCCUUCCUCGCACCGUUCCCCGUGGGAUGAGUCUUGUGAGGUCACAGCCCGCCUCUACUCCUCGCUGCAACUCACCCGAGAUCUCCAGGCCAAAGGUCAACCAUCACCAGGCCACACUCACAGACAGGUGUCAUUUCAGUUUUCUUCUCCUCAGCUGGGGGGGGAGGAAGGGGGUAUGGCUAGAUCCCCCCUGAACCUUCACACCCCCUCCCCCGGGGGGAGACAGGAGGAGGAGGGAGAGGAAGAUAGGGUGUUGGUAGAGGAGAUGGGUGAUAAUCUCAACACCAGUGUGGACUACAGCAGCAGACUCACUAAUGGCAGGAGACAUAUCCAGGACAUGGAGAAUGUCAGAGCUCACCUUCAAACCAUGCUGAGAAGCACACCCACAUUGGAGACAGAGGGAGGCAGCAGUGUUACAGAGAGUCCCAACCAGUCAUUUAACAGUGACAGCACCUCACAGCUACUCGGUGGUGGGGUAGGAGGUUUAGAGGAGUUGUUCCCGCGUUAUUCUUCUCGUCUGCGUUCUGAUGGUGUCUUCUCCUCCCCGGAAGCCACUCUCCUUAGGGAGAGCCUAGACAGGGAGAGGACCAGCCGCAAGCAGUGUGAGCGGCACGUGCUGGUUUUGCAGAGUAAGGCUCUGGAGCUGCAGCAAAGAUUGACUCUCGCUUUGUCAGCUGACCGGAAGAAGGACGUCAUGAUCGAGCAGCUGGAUAAGACCCUGGCUAAGGUGGUUGAAGGCUGGAGGAAACAUGAGCAGGAGAAGAGUGAGGGAGUGAAGAGACUACAGCAAGAGAAGGAGCUGGCGGAGAGACGACAUACAAAGCAGCAAGAGACCCUUGGUCAAUUAGAGCAGUCUCUGGCUCAGGUUGCAGAGGCCCUGGAGCAAGAGCAGAAACACACUGAGGAACUACAGAGAACCAACAGACAGCUGGAGCUGCGGCUGGUGGAGUUGGAAGGGUCUCUGUGUGAUUGUAGGCGUGAGUGUGAGCUCUUGUGUGUGGAGCGAGACGGGCUGCAUCUACAUGCCCAGGAAGCCCAGACUGCUCUGACCUGCCUCCAGGAGCAAACAGCCAAUGAGAGAAGAUCGCUGGAGGACCAGACAGUCCAGCUAGCCAAUCAACUACAAGAGGAGAGGGAGUGCAAGCAGCGAGAGGAGCAGCAUUUGUUGGAGGUAAGACAGGUGUUGGAGGAGGUGAGGGGAGAGUUGGCCAAAGUGAGGGGGAGACUGCUACAGCUGGAGGAGGAGAAACUGGAGGCGCGGAGAGAGUGGGACACGGAGCGCAUGGACUGGGCUCUGGAACAGGCCCGAUUUGAAGCCCAGCAUUCUCAGUUGGAAGUAAAGCUGAAACAGGAGACUGAGAGACUGUCAGCUUCACAGCAGGAACACAUUGCCCUGAAAGAACAGCACAGGAAUCAGCUGCUGGAUCUGAGUGCUCGCCAUGAGAGAGAACUUUCCUCCCAGUUACAGCAACACCAGCAGCACACACUGACACUCACCCAGGACUACCAGACCAGGCUGGCCCACUCCAAGCAGCAGUCUGUUUUGUUGGAGGAGAGCAGGAGGAGGCUCGAAGGGCAGAGAGAGGAGCUUGUGAGCAGACUGCAGAGUUUACUACGCUCCCAUUGGACAGAAGCACUGAGACUGCUCAGCACACAGGCAGAAGGGUCUUCUCUUCCUUCGCUGUGGGACGAGCCCAAAGACUGGAUGAACCAACAUCUACUACAGGAACCAUCAUCUAGUUCACACAUUACAGUACAGUACAGAGCUGCAGCUGACACGCACAUGGUGCAGAGAGAGCAGGAGGGGGAGGAAGUUGCUCGCUUGGCGCAAGACGCUCAAGCAGUGGUCCUCCGACUCUCCAGAGAGAGAGGUGAAUUAAGUGGAGAGGGUGAAGCAAGAGCGAUAACAGAGGGAAGAGAGAGAAGUUGGGAGAGCGGGGCAGGAAGAGAAGAGAGUGGAAACCUCAGCGUGCUGAACCACACUCUCUCCUUCAACCUUCUGGAGCCACAACUAGACACCACCAACAUGACAGGACUUGAGGAGCUGUGUGACAGAGGGGGAGAUCUGAGGGGAUGUGUGGCGGAGGAAGAGGAGCAUAAGGGAGAAAGACGGAGAGCUGAGAGUGGAGAGAGGCAACAGUGGGCGGAGAGGGGUCCCAGCCUCACCUCUGGCCCCAGCCCUAGCUUUGACCCCGGAAGGAGGAGUGAACUACAGUACUAUGUCGCCAUGUUGUUAGAUCGUUCUCCAGGAGAGCCCGUGGAGAGUCCAGCUCAGGACAACACAGGGUGUGUGUGUGUGUGUUUAGGUCUGGGGUCAUCGUGGGACAGUGUGAAGAUUCAGCUUCACGCCCCUCUGGAAACUCCCUCCUCCCCUGGAGCCCAAACCAGACACCCCACAUGCAAUCCAACUAACACAGGUCAGGUGUCAGCCCAGCUCAGGUCUCUCCUGGCGCAGUUCCCCUCCCAGCCUGACAGGGCGGCGCGCUCUCUGCAGUUGCUCUCUAAGCUGACCCAUGGGUCUGAUGGUGAGUGUGAGGAGAAGCCAAGCCGCCUGAAGAAGAGCGAACCACUCCUCCGGAACUCUGGAGUGUCCCGGGUAACUAGUCAGGGGUCCGGGGUGAGGGGUCAGGUGCUGGGUAUGAGGGGCAGAAGGGGGUGGCAGGGAAGGGGGGGAGCGUGGAGAUGAUGUUUUUGUUAAAAAGCUGUUUGAAUGUUUUACCACAUCACAUAUGUUUGUGACUGUUAUUAAAAUAUACUUUUUCUAUU